AUGUCUCCCCAACGUUUUCCCACCUCGACAACCUCUGCCUCUUCUACUAUUCUUGGUGAUCGCCUUAAGUUUCGAAAUGGUCCAGAAGCCCAGAAUCGAUUUUUGAAGGCAGCAUUGACAGAAAUUCAGUCCACUUAUGCUCCAAAUGAACCAAAGAAGCAUGGGCUUCCAACUGACACUAUUUUGAAUAUUUAUGACAAAUGGGGCAAUGGAAAGUACGGAGUGAUAUUGACUUCCAAUGUUCUCGUUGAUCCGACCAAUUUGGAAUCCGCUGGAAAUGCAAUUAUCUUCAAGGAAGGAGAAUCUCAUGAACGUCGAGCUCUGUACACCUAUUGGGCUCAGCUGAUGAAACAAGACGGUGCUCUUGCAGUCAUGCAACUCUCUCAUGCUGGUAGGCAAACUCCAGAACUUGUGAACCCAUCACCAUGGUCAGCUUCCGAUGUACAACUAGUCUCAUCAGCUCGAUUUAUCACUUAUGGAAAACCAAUUCCUCUACCAACCGAGCUCGUUAAAACUGAAGUAGUUGAUCGAUUCGUCUAUGCUGCAAAGUACGCGUACGAGUGUGGUUUUGACGGGAUUCAGCUCCAUGGAGCCCAUGGAUACCUUUUCUCUCAGUUUACAUCACCAACCACCAAUAAGAGAACUGACAAGUAUGGAGGCUCGCUGGAAAACCGGCAAAGAAUUGUUCUCGAGAUUUACGAUGCAAUUCGAGCUGAGAUUCCUGCAUCGACAGGAUUUUUGGUUGGGAUUAAGACCAAUUCGGUGGAAUUUCAAAAUGAGGGGUUGACACUGGAAGAUGCAAAAUUGAUGUGUAAAGUGUAUGAAGAAAGAGGUUUCGAUUUUGUUGAGUUGUCUGGCGGGACAUUUGAAAAAAUUGCGUUCGUUCAUGAACGAGAAUCGACAAGGAGAAGGGAGGCGUUUUUCGUUGAGUUUGCGGAACAGAUUCGCCCGGUUUUCAACAAGACAGUUGUCUACCUAACCGGAGGAUUUCGUACGGCACCUGCGAUGAUUGAUGCUAUCAAAUCCAAUGCUACCCAGGGAAUCGGACUGGGGCGUCCAAUCACAGCCGAGCCAGAUUUGCCAAAGAAAAUUCUAGAAGGCGAUGUCACUUCUGCCAUACAGGAUCACUUACCGGACUUGCAAGCUGCUCUCAGAUGGAGCAGAUGGGCAGAACAAGCCUGGAGAAAGCUAGUGGGAAUGUAAUGCAUCAAAUCACAGAUUUUAGCCAAGAUGAGACUGUAGCCCGUUUUGGAGAAACCGUGGUACAACACUUGCAAAAAGCAGCAUUGGAUACUAGCAAAGGAAGAAGACCAAAUCAAGUUGUUACUUUUAACUAAACUUGAAAGAAAAUACGAUAUUUCAACAAUUUAUUAGAUAUUCUGAAUAAAAUGUUUACUUAUAA